CGUGGUGGUGGGCGGUGGCUGGGUCAUGUUGCUGGUGUUGUUGAGCCUGGUAGCAAUGUACAGGAGCGCCCUGCCCGGAGAGCCGACUAUUCAGUGUGGUUCUGAGCCUGGGCCGUCUCCAGAGUGGCUGGUGCAACACAAUCUCACCCCAGGAGACUUGAGGAGCCUCCAAGUGGAACUUGUUCAAACUUGUGCGAAAAAGGAUUGCAAAAAAGAGGAUUUUUCAGUUUUGAUGAACAUAAGCUGGAUACUCCGGGCAGAUGCCAGCAUCCGCCUGUUGAAGGCCACCAAGAUCUGUGUGACUGGCAAAAGCAACAUGGAAUCGUACAACUGUGUGAGGUGCAACUAUACAGAGCCCUUCCAAAGGCAGACCAGACCUUCUGGAGGCCGAUGGACCUUCUCCUACGUGGGCUUUCCCGUGGAGCUGAGCACAGUCUAUUUCAUCGGGGCCCAUAACAUCCCCAAUGCUAACAUGAAUGAAGACAGCCCUUCUUUGUCUGUGAACUUCACCUCUCCAGGCUGCCUAAACAGUGUAAUGAAAUAUAAAAAGCGGUGCAUUGAGGCAGGAAGCCUGUGGGACCCAAAUAUCACUGCUUGUAAAAAGAACAAGACGACAGUUGAAGUGAAUUUUACAACCAAUUCGCUUGGAGAAAGAUACAUGGUUAUCAUUCUACAAAACCAAAUACAAUUGAAUUUUUCUCAAGUGGAGGAGAAUAAACCGACGCGGAGGUCUGUGGCCAUUUUGGUGGGUGAGGAAAGUGAAGGUACCGAGUUCGAGCUGAUACCUUAUUUCCACCUCUGUGAGCCUGACUGCAUCCGACGCAAAGGACCAGUUGGGCUUUGUAUAGAGACAAGUGGCCCCUACCCUCCAGACAACAAGAGGACCAUGCUGGGAGGCUGGGUGCCCCUCAUCUUGGUGCUGCUGGCGGCUACAUGGGUGCUGGCAGUUGGGAUCUACCUAACUCGGAGGCAAGGCCGGAGCACGGAGACUUCCUUCCCUGCCGCCAGCAUGCUCCUGCCCCUCAUUAAGGUCCUGGUGGUUUACCCGUCUGAGGUAUGUUUCCAUCACACGGUCUGCCGCUUCACCGACUUUCUUCAGAACCACUGCAGAAGCGAGGUCAUCCUUGAAAAGUGGCAGAGGAAGAGAAUAGCUGAGAUGGGCCCAGUGCAGUGGCUCAGUGCACAGAAGCAGGCGGCGGACAAGGUGGUCUUCCUUCUUUCCAGCGACGCCCACGGUCUCUGCGGCAGUGCCUGCGGCCCCAACACGGGCGGCGCCAGUGAGAAAGCUCAGGACCUCUUCCCUCUGGCCUUUAACCUCUUCUGUAGUGAUUUCAGCACCCAGGCUCAUUUGCACAAAUACAUGGUGGUCUGUCUUGGAGGAGCCGACAUCAAGGGCGACUAUAACGCUCUCAGUGUCUGCCCCCAGUAUCGUCUCAUGAAGGACGCCACUGCCUUCCACACAGAACUCCUCAAAGCUCCACGAAACAUGACCGUGAAGAAACGGUCCCAAGCCUGCAGUGGCAGCUGCUCCCCAUUGUAGUCUGUGCAGGACAGGAAACCCUGAAGUCCUCCUGCUCUUCAAGUUCCAGGGACAGAAUGCUUUGGGAUGGCCCUGAGGCUUCCUGUACAGGCUGUGUGUAGGGGUUACUACAUCACAGAACUUGCUUUAGACCUGGAGUCUGCAGUCAGAGUUUGCGCAAACAUGCCUGAGGCUAGUCACCAGUAGGUCUUAGGCAUAUAAUACAGUUACAGACAUUAAUGAAUGGAAGCUAAAUUUACAAAAGCCCAAUCACAUAUAUCCCCAAACCCCAAUAAUGAUUAUCCCUGAAAACUAAGCAUUCUGGCAUGAAGUAAUAAGGCAUUUCCCAGUCAGGUGUCCUGCGCACUGCCCAUGUCCUGUGCUGCACACGGGACUGUUCAGCCCUGUAACAUUUUAAUGUAUUGAUGAAUAGUCCGUUUGGGAAGCGCUCACUAAUUCAGCAACUUCCUAAGAGAAGAGGCCUAUUACACACACAAGCUGGACACAUCUUGUCUGACCAGACGGCCCACUGUACUGUCUGCUAUCUUUACAGUACUUUUCCCUUGUCAAGCUUCUAGACCAGCAACCUUUAUUUUUGUUCGGAGAAGUGCUAGGAACUGAACCAAGGCUACUGUACAGGUUAGAGAAAUGGCUUGCCAUUCAAAUGAGCCCCAGCCCCUUCAGUAAAUAGGAAAAUACUUGGCCAGUCAGGUGUGGCAGCACACACUUUUAAUCCCAGCAUCCAAGUGGAGAACUAAUGAGCUCGAGCUCAGUCAGAGAUAAGUAGCGAGACUGUCCGAGACAAACAAAAACAUGUUACCCAUAAACCCAGGGUCUACUUUUGCCCAGUUACCCAUCCACUGUUCUAGUUCCCAGAGUUCAUGGUCAGUGCACAUUUCCUGUUCAAGUCAAAACUAAUUCACUGAAAUUAGCUCUCCUGAAGUAAUACUAUCUUUUUAUAAUCUAGUACUUUAAAAAACCACCAAGGGCUGGAGAGGUGGCUCAGAGGUUUAGAGCACUGACUGCUCUUCCAGAGGACCUGGGUUCAGUUCCCAGCACCCACGUGUUAGCUCACUGUCAACUCCAAUUCGAGGGAUUUGAUACCAUUUUCUGGCUUCUAAGGGCACUCUAUAUACAUUAAAAAGAUUAUGAUAUGCACACACUACCAGUGUUUUGCUUGCAUUGCCUGUAUGCCCUAUGCAUGCUUGGUGCCUGAGGUCAGGAGAAGGUGACAGGGUCAUCUAGACCUACAGCUAUGGACAGGUAUGAGCCACUGUGUGGAUGCUGGGAAUCAAACCAGGGUCUUCUGCACGAACAAAUGCUCUCCACUGCUGAGCUAGCUCUCUACACCCCCUAAUAUAAAUAAAUCUUAUUAUUAAAAAAUCCCCCAAACCCAGAACAAGCAGUAACAGUGCACAGAUCUAUAACAUCUUGAGUCUUCUAGCUCUUGACUUUCUUGAAGAAGCUUUUUUAGUGUAGAAACCACAGAAAUGGAUCUACAUUAGCAUAUGUAUUUGUCUAGUAAGGCUUCAUAUACC